UUCCAUUUUUAAACACUACCACCAGCUAUUUCUCUGUAUCGGAUAUUUUCUCUUUAUUCUCUUUUAUUUUUCUUUGCCCAAUUUCUCUCCGAUUCAGAUUAAUUGUUGUUCGUUUCUUUGAAAUUGAGAUUCGAACAUUUCUGUUUUCAUUCUUUUCACGAGAAUUUCAAAUUUUAGGGUAAUUUUAAUAAUAUCGUUUGUUGAGUUAUUGAGAGAUUUUUGCCAUGGAGAACUCUAGAAAUCAAGAAUUGGGGGACGACCGACCGGAGCAAUCCAGCGGCGACAAUUUCCAGGAUUGUUCAUCCGUUUCUAGAGGUGCUGAUACCUCCACGGUUGGAUCUGGUGCCGUUUCGCAUGGAAGGAGCGAGAUUGGGUUAACAGAGCGCUUGGCGAAUAUUCUAGUGGAAGAUAGUGAUGGAGAUCUGCUGCUUCAACGGAGCGAUCGGGAGGAUAGGGUUUUGCAGUGGUUACAGGCUUUGGAUAUGCAGGUCAUGGGGGCUUGUAGAGCCGAUGAGAGGUUAAAGCCGUUGUUGAAGCUGAAUGCUUCUAGUGGGAUGGCUGAAGAUCACCUUUUGGCUCAUUUGAGUCAGCAUUUCGAGCCAUCAGAAGUUGGCAUGCUUGCUAGAUGUUUCUGCAUACCUCUGGUCUCAAUUCGUGUUGGCAAGAUUAACAAACGGGGGACCCUACUUUGUCCUACUGCCACAAGGGGAAAUUUAAAUCUUACAAUGUUGCCAACAUCUGAUUUGCGUUUCUCAUUCAUUGGAGAUGAUGGUAAUACAGAAAGACUAUUCACCCUAAGCAAUAAAUCACAGAGUCCUGCUGUCACAGUUGAGGAGAUCCUGGCAGACAGUUCUGGACGAUCUUUGCAUAUAAAGAUAGCAGAUGGUAGAGAUUAUUACUUCUGGUGCUCAGAGAAGUCGAAACUCUUGGGUAUUGAAUUGGUUGCCAAGAUGAAAGAUAUACUCAAGAGCAGGCCAUCCAUAGCAGAAUUAACUGGAAUUAGCAAGUCACGACUUGAUUGCUUUGCAGUUCACCUCCGCUCCUAUCUUUUAGGAACUCGAGAAAGUGUAGUAUGCAUCCCUGGCUCUUCGUCAGGCACCAACCAUGACCUCUCUGAUGCAACAUCUUCCAUAUCAUCCAAGCCCCUGCGCUCUCGACAUGUUGGCAGCCAGACUUUGAAAGCAAAUUCAUCUUAUCAGGGAAGCCUCAGUCCAAGAUCAAGCUCUUUCAAAGACGGUCCACCUCGAAGUUUUUCUUCUUUAAAAGGUGCGGCUGCCAGAGAAAAGUUGAAGCGACGUGGGGAUAGCCAUCUCUCAGUAGUUGAGAACCUGAUGAUUGCAUUGCCACAUGACAAUGAUGCUACUACCUCUAAUCAGUCUGAAAAUGAAGAACAGCCUGUGAGUAAGAGUUAUCCUAUGUCAGCAUCAAGUUUUCUUGAAUCCCUAGGGAAGUUGUCCAUCUCCCCAUCUCCAAUUUCAGCCUCCCAUGCAACUUUCACAAGUCCACCUCUUGUCUCUCCCUACUAUUGUUGGUGCCCACAGGGUCCAACUAUGCAGUAUCCUUCCGUAUCUCCACAGCUUGCUACCUCUUCAAUUGAAUCCCCAUUACUUCCGCCACUUUCUUCAUUGUUGUCAGCCGCCAGGUCCUCUAGUCUGUUAACUCCAACACCAUCUCUGAGUCUGGCUGAUGUUCCCUCAAUGGAUUUUCCUGCUUUGCUGCCAGACCCUUUGAUUCGAUUGCCAAUACCUGGUUCUCAGCAGAUCCCAACCUUUACCCCGUUAAUGUGCGAUCCAAUUGUUCAUAUUCCAGUAAUUGAUGUUUGCUCUUCAGGUCAAGGCUACCUGGUGAGUGCUGGUCCUGCUAUGUCAAGCACCAUCCCACCAUUGCAUCCAAAGCUCGUAAGCCCAUUGAUUCCUGAAACUGAUUCCAUGGUAGAGAAGGGCGCGAGAGAGACUCUGCGGCUACUCAUUAGUAGUUCAACCCAAGGUAACCCUCAGUUGAUGGAUGUCUUGCCUGCGAUGUUGGCCAGUACCGAUGAGAAACAUGGCAUUCAUGUGACUGGAAGCCGGGGACUGUACACUGGAUCCAGUGAUGUGGAUGCUAGCAUAGAGACUAUUGGCAUUGGCUUGGGCUUUGUAAGACAUGGUGAUGCAAAGGUACUGGGCAGUUGUGAUACUGUGUUGGAAGAUGGACCUAGUGGUUUGGAUGGGUCAUGUUAUGAUGAUAAUAAAACUCCGAAAGAAGGGGACAUUUGAUGCAGUCAUCAAUUUGAAUUUUGCUUUUGCUUUUGUCACUAAAAAAUUGUAGAUAAGUAGACGCAGACGCCCUGGCUUUUUGAAGUGUAAUUAGCGCAAAUCCUGCCGUUUAUGGGGCUUUUGUUAUGUUAUUCCUUCAUUUUUCCAGUUAUUUGAUAAGAGUGAACUUAGUAAUA